AUGAAACUUUUAAAUUUUCCACUGACCCGCUACGACGUUUUCAUCACGCGAUUUUUUCUGUUUGCGUCUUUUUUGAUGGUUUUAUUUAUGUGCGAGAAUUUUUUAAAGAAGUCUUAUAUGACAAGUAUACACAUUCGAAAUAAUAAGUUAUGUUCUUUCAUACAUAAAAACUUUGAGAACUUGGAGAAGUACCUCACAUGUGAUUUUGUUCCUUACGAUUUGGGUAUGAACGACUGGAAAAGUUUAAAAAGAAAAAUAAUAAAAAACGGAGAAGGAGAGUAUAAUGAUAUGAGCGAUCCAUCUUAUAUGGAAAAAAAACAUUUUGAGAUAGAGAAGAAUUCUCAUAAAAUGAAAGGUCGUCCGAAUGAAAUGAAUGAGCAGAAGUCUACUUUGAUGAAUAGACCAAGGAAAAGCAAAUAUAACAAAACAAAUAAAAAUAAUAAAGUGAAAGGAAAUUUGAACAAGAAGAAGAAAAAAAAAAAGAAAAAAAAAGCUGCACAAAAAUAUUAUACUAACAGGAUGGGAUAUUCCAUAGGAACAAAUAAUAAUAGCAAUAAUAUUAAUAUUAAUAUUAAUAGUAGUGGUGAGAACUAUAAAGAGAAAGAUAAAUAUUACCAUGAAUCAUUCAAUUAUAGUGUUGAUACAAAUAAUCCUUCUGUGGAUGAACAAGUAUUAAAAAAGGCUUUGAUGGUAUUUAAAAAAUUAGAUAUAAAUAAGAAUACAUACAUUGACUAUAUAGAAUUUGAAACGAAUGUAAAUAUUUUAUCAAGAAUGAAUGAAAUAAAUAAGAAUAUAUUAACAUAUCUUUUUGAUAUGUUUGAUAUAGAUAAAGAUAAGAAAUUAAAUUAUACAGAAUUUUUGUCAUUAAAUUCUUAUGAUUUUAAUUACAUCAAAUUAGUACAUAUAAUAUUUGAAGAAGACCAUGUGGUUGAUAAAAGAAUCGUACUUGAAUAUUUAGAAAUUUAUGUAACCGAAUUUUUAGAAACUAUCAUAGAAGAAGAGAAACAUAAAUAUUUAAGACAGCAUAAUUUAAUACAAUAUUAUACAAAUCUUUUUUAUAUAAAUAAUAAAAAAAAAUGGGAUCUAAAUGAAGAUGAUAAAUUACAAAUAGGAGAAUUUCCUAAUUUCCAAUUAACCCUAUUAAUAGAAAUAGACCACUUAUCUAAUUUUAUACAAAUUGAUUAUAACAUAGAUGGAUAUAUCGAUCCUUCAGAAUUAUUGUAUUACAUUAAUGAAGAUAAAAGCAUGUUUAAUAAAUUUAAAAAAUAUAUUAAAAAAAAACAAAAUAAAAACAAAAACAAAAACAAAAACAAUAAUAAUAAUAAUGACAAUAAUGACAAUAAUAAUAAUAAUAAUAAUAAUAAGAUGGAUGUUUUUAAGUUUAUGAAGGAAGAAUUAAAUAUUCCAGAAGGAUUGUUUUUAAAUAUAAAAUAUUUAUAUUAUUCAUUUGACAUAAACAAUGAUAUGUUAUUAAAUUUUGAAGAGUACAAAGAUCAAGUUACUACGUUUGCCGUCCUCGAUUCGGCUCCUGACAUAGUAUACGCCACAUGA